AUGGACUGGAGGAUACAACUUCUCCUCCUCAGGUUAUUCCAACCAAUCUAUUCCGCUGAGCUUGCUGGGUUCUGCUGGAGUCACUCAGCAAAGAUGAGAAACUGUGAUCUCAACCAUAAAGUCACUCAGCUAAAACAUAAAGCUGGGAAGCAUAAGUGUGAACAGUUGGAGCAGAUGGAACAGUUUGCUGGAUAUCAAGUGGUGGCCGCUCAAGUCAACAAGGAGCAGAUGGGAGAGUAUGCUGGAUAUAAAAUGGAGUCUACUCAAGCCUACAACAAGUAA